AUGAGCUACAAUCAAGGCGUGCAUGUGGUGGCAUGCAACGAUCCAACCCAAGCAGCGUCGGUACGAACACCGCCCGCGUCUGAGAUGGCCACUGCCAUGGCUAAGGCGCCGACGAGCACUGCGUGUACUGAUACCACAGCGCCACCGGUGUCAUCACCGGCGUCAGGGGUACCCCAGACACGGACGUCUAGACGACUUCGAGCGCUAAGUGGAUUCUAUCACUGCUGUGGUGCUCGGUCGCGCAAGGAGCACUGUUGCUGCAAGUUCAUCACGCACUUGUACCCCAGCCCAGACGGCGGAUUCGUUUUUAGUGCAAGCCCAUACGUCCGCCACCGCCCGCUUCGCACACAACGUUGGACGUACUGGAUGAUCAACAAGCGUCUCAAAAAGAACUGUGAUUGUUUGCAGAAGAUCGCCACUUUGUUCCAUACGGAGGUUCUGAAACAGUACCGCUGCGUCUUGAAUCAGUACUACGCUGCAGGCCAUCGUGGACGGUCAAGCGACUUCGGCGGACGCGGACAGCAGGCCAUUCCCUAUGGUGAAGAGAAAUCGGUCCACGGCUGCCAAAGUUCGAGCGCGGAAGCGGGCAAAGGCGCGCUGGCGUGCAGUUCAGCAGACUCGGCGGCGGGAUCAUCGACGGGAGAAAGUGCCAGGGACCCCAGCAGCGACAAGGCGCGCGGCGGGGGCGGCGUGGCUGCGGGAGGACGCGUGGCUGACGAUGGUGCAGCACGCGCCGACGCUGCACGUGUAUCCAGUGUCACUAAAGAGGGGGAUUUCCAGAUUCGACCAUACGCCGACCUACUUUAG